AUGGCAUCCCACAAGGCCAAGAACCCUCUGGGAUUUACCCCAUGGCCAGUGACAAUCAUUACCACGGUUGUGUACCUCGCCCUGAUUAUUCCACUGCUGGUGAUCCACCAUAACGUGCCCUCCGCGCCCCAGACAAGCCCCAAUGGCCUCAACCUUACAGAAGCAUGGCAAGACCUCCAAAGCCUAACCAAAGGCUUUCACCCCUAUAACACACAUGAGAAUGACGAGGUCCGCUCCUGGCUUCUCGAGCGCAUCAACGCGAUCCAGCAAUCCGCCGCAUCACCCGCAGCCUUCCGCGACGCGAACCAAGACAAGCCAGACGUGUUCGUCUUCGACGAUCUAGUCUCAAACCUGACAUCAACAGACAACAAUGGAGUCGGCGUCUACUUCGAAGGAAACAACAUCCUCGUCUACAUCCGCGGCUCAGACGACAAGAAAGAGAACUGGUGGGAGACGCCCGGCAAACAACCCGUCGGCAAGGGGGGCGUGCUGGUAAAUGCGCACUACGACAGCGUUUCCACCGGCUACGGCGCAACCGACGACGGAGUGGGCGUCGUCACUUGUCUCCAGCUGGUGAAAUACUUCCUGACACCCGGGCAUGCGCCGCGGCGCGGCCUGGUCGUCCUCUUCAACAACGGCGAGGAAGACUACUUGAACGGCGCGCGUGCAUACAGCCAGCAUCCGAUGGCGAAAUUCGCGCACACGUUCCUCAAUCUUGAGGGCGCGGGGGCGGGCGGGCGUGCUACCCUGUUCCGCAGCUCUGAUACCGAGGUCACGCAGGCGUAUGCGAAGUCGCAGUACCCGUUCGGCUCGGUGUUGAGUGCCAAUGGGUUUGAGAUGGGUAUGAUUAGUAGUCAGACAGAUUAUGUUGUUUUUGAUGGCAUUCUGGGACUACGGGGGUUGGAUGUGGCUUUCUUCGAGCCCAGGGCUAGGUACCAUACUGAUCAGGAUGAUGCGCGUCAUACUAGCGUCGACUCGCUUUGGCAUAUGCUUUCUGCUGCUGUUGCGACGACCGAGGAGCUGGUCUCGGAUAACACUGAUCGGUUCGAUGGACAUCUUCGUGAUGAUGGAACUGUGCCUAGUGGCUCGGGUACCCGGGCUGUGUGGUUUGAUCUCUUCGGUAGCGCUUUCGCAGUGUUCCGUCUGCACACGCUCUUUGCGUUGUCGGUUACUUUGCUGAUUGUGGCGCCGUUGACUCUUCUAGUCACCAGUGUGGUCCUUUCCAAGGCUGAUAAGAUGUACCUGUUCCGCUCCUCGGUGUAUUCUGAGACCAGCGAUGACAAUGUUUCGCUACGCGGUCUACGAGGCUUCUUCCGCUUUCCGUUUCUGAUUGCCAUUCCUACAUCCGUGACAGUCGGAUUGGGCUACCUGGUUACAAAGGUCAACCCUCUGAUUGCACACAGCAGCUCAUAUGCCGUGUGGAGUAUGAUGAUCUCAGCCUGGUUUUUCUUGGCUUGGUUUGUAUCUCGCGUCGCAGACUUCGCUCGUCCAUCGGCUUUCCACCGGGUCUAUACCUGGACUUGGAUGUUUGUCUUGACUUGGUCUCUCAUGGUGAUUGCCACCGUUUAUGAACAAGAAGGACUAGCUGGUGGGUAUUUCAUGCUAUUUUACUUUGCGGGAACCUUCUUGGCAACUUGGAUUUCAUACCUGGAGUUAUUCUCUUUGCCUGCGAAGUCUCAGUACGCAAGCCAGUUCGCCGAAUCAAGAAGGCCCAGUACCCAGGGGAGUCGACUGGCCCCUUCAGGCGAUGAGCACCAGGAUGAAGAAGCCGAGGAUGAGCCAACUGAAUCAACAUCUUUGUUGCAUGGCGCACACCGUCCCACCUUCGCAAACUAUGUUCGUGUUGGCGGAGACCACACGGACGAAGAGGAAGAAGUGAAGGACCCCAACGUGUAUGAACAUGAGCAGGCGUGGAGUGGCGCACUGCCGCGAUGGACAUGGGUGUUGCAGCUACUUUUCACUGCUCCGGUGAUUCUCAUGCUGAUCGUGCCGCUGGCUCUUCUGAUCACAGCCGCUCUGAACCAAACAGGCCAGGAUGGCAGUUCCGCGCUCCCUGUCUAUCUCAUCACUGCUACCCUCACUGCGCUUCUCUUUGCCCCUACGCUGCCGUUCAUUCACCGCUACACAUACCACCUGCCUAUCUUCUUGCUUCUUGUCUUCAUCGGCACGAUGAUAUACAACCUUGUCGCCUUCCCAUUCGCAGACUCCAACCGCCUGAAACUAUUCUUUUUACAGCAAGUCGAUCUUGACACCGGCAAUUCUACCGCCUCACUGACCGGCAUGCCUCCAUUUGUCAAUGAUGUUGUCUACGGCCUUCCCACAGCAGCAGGACAAGCCGAGACAUGCAGCUGGAUCACCAGAGGCCAUAAUAAUGUCCAGCGCUGUUCUUGGAGUGCACCACUACCGCGCAUCAUUCCCAGCAUCAACUCUUUAGAGGCCACCGAACUUUCAUCCGAAUGGGUCUCCUUCGGCAUCUCGUAUCCAGGCAGUUCUGCCGCUCGUUUCGAGAUUUCAGGCCAAAACACGCGCGCCUGCCGCAUCGACAUGGACAACAACAGCAUCAAAACCUUUAGCGUGGCCGGCUCCUCUCCCCCCGACAGCCGCUUCCUCAACCAGUCCCCAGACGGCUUGAAACAAAUCCGUCUUUGGAGCCGAACUUGGGAGAACAAGUGGAUCGUGGAUAUCGAUUUCUCGAAGCACGACCCCUCCGAAGUAGAUGAGACCAAUGAGACCGGGGAUUCUAUCACAGGCCGUAUCGUCUGCCUAUGGAGCGACAACACCCAAAGCGGCCUCAUCCCUGCCCUCGAUGAGGUGAAGCAGUUCAGUCCUGCUUGGGUCGCUGUGACUAAGUUCUCGGAUGGGUUGGUUGAGGGGUCGCGGAAAUUCGAGAUCAAGCGGUCUGACUUGGUCUGA